GUUCGAAAAGACGUUGACCCGGAGAGGGUGCUUGGGCUUCGGUGAGAGUUUUCUGGGGAGAACGUGAAGAAUCCGCUUCAGAGCAAGCGGCUAAAACCAGACGUUCACUUGACGGCGUUCGAGAGUCCGCUACAAUCAUGGACGGCGAAACCGACCUGCUGACCCGCUGGUUCCACCUCCCUCAAGAUCCUCGAACCAAGGAUUGGGUUAUGGUGAAGUAUCCGUCGAUCAUCGUCUUCCUCACGGGUCUAUACCUGUAUUUCGUGAAAGUCUGGGGACCGGCGUACAUGAAGAGCAGACAGCCCUACGACCUCAAGCUAGCCAUCAAAAUAUACAAUGGUCUCAACGUUUUGCUCAGUGCGGGAUUCCUCGCCGUGGUUCUCUCGUUGACCUAUAUCGGCGGUGGAUACAGUCUUUUCUGUCAAGGCAUGACAUUUUCGACCGACAAGAAAUCUCUCAUACUCCUGGAAGUUUAUUGGUGGCUACGACUCCUCCGGAUCGCUGACUAUUUGGACACGGUGUUCUUCGUCUUACGCAAGAAAUUCAACCAAGUGUCGACGCUUCAUGUUGUCCAUCAUUGUCUGGUGGUUUUCGAUUGCUGGUUUUGGCAUAGAAUCGGAACGGAUGGCCACACGUCGUUCAUAAUCUGUCUGAAUACCUUCGUUCACGUCAUCAUGUACACGUAUUACUUCUUGUCGGCGUUCGGACCGAGAUUCCAGCGCUACCUCUGGUGGAAGAAGUACUUGACCCAGCUCCAGAUCACGCAAUUCAUAAUCGCAAUGAUCCACGGCGCCAUCCCGCUCUUCUACGACUGUGGCUAUCCGAGGCUUUACGUGUACCUCGCGAUGCCACAAGGUGUUCUCUUCCUGUAUCUCUUCGUACAGUUCUACGUCGAUGCGUACAACGAGAAGCGGAGGAAAGAGGCCUACGGGAUCAAGCCCUCAAACGAUGGUUACGCUACUGUUUGCACUCCUCAGAUCGGAGGAUUGAAACAAGACUGAGGCGGCUAGCCGAAUAGCGAGCGAGCGAGCUCUACCUAGUAUCUUAUAGUGACAGAAUGUAUAUUAAUUACGUGACUAAGAAAAAAACUUAGGAUCAAUAGAAUCUUAACAUUUAGGAGCGGACAAGAUGACGUCGUUGACCUUUGCCAAUCCUUUACGCCCUGAUUGAACCGAGAAGAUCACAUUACAUUUGACGAGUAAGCUGUGAUACAGAGAACGAGCUCAUCGAAAUGUUCAACUAUGUAGCAACUGAACGAAAGCUCAAUAAAUCUAACUCGUA